AUGAGCCCGCCCUCCCCUUUCCCCACUUCCUCUUCCUUGGCCCCAAACCCACGUGGAAACCGCGCUUCACGGGGGCUGGAGAAGCUAGCCCCGGGUCAGAGUCUGGUGGUUUCGGCCAGCUGGAGAAUCCGGGCCAGGCCCUUAGACCCACGCCGAACUACACGCUGCAGCUGCCCAGGGGGGAAAGAGGCAGCGGGGCCGCCAGAGGAAGAGUUUGGGGGGAGGAGAGGCGUGUCCGAAGCGAAACGGGGAGGACCGGCCUGGCCGGAGAGAGGGGAGGAGCAGGAAGGGGCGGUGCGACGGCUGCUCCGCCUCCUGCCUCUCCACCCGUGCCCGGCCCGGCCCCGUCGCCUCCUCCUUCUCCUCCUCCCAAAGGGCAGCCGCUGGUUUAGCUCUUGCUUUCCCGAGCCUUCGAAACCGCCGCCACCUGUCGGGACCUGCCCACCCCCCGGUAUAAAGUCCCGGGGACGAGCCCUGCCCCCCCCCCCCCCCCCGGCGCGGUGCCCAAGUUCCGUGACCUUGGCAGUGCCUUGGGACAGUUGCCUCAAGUUUGGAUGUAAGAAACAGGAUCUGGAGCGAUCUCUCUUCCCUUUUCCCUUUCCCACCGUCACCUUUACGGUGAGAUCCCGUCUUCAUUGA